AACCAGUUACUUCACCGUCCCGCCCGUCCUUUGAUUCGUUGAAAAAAAAAAAAUAUAUAUGUGUAGCCACCUAAGAUUUAUCGAUGAGUACUCUUCUUUACAGACACCUCAGGCAUGAAUUUUCGGUUUUAAAAGCCUUCAAUUCAUUUCCACGUGUUGGUUUUCGAAUGUCGUCGCGUGGGAUUCGGGCUGUACCCGAAGGCAUCACAGUGAGGGGCGGGCGGUCUCUCCUAGUAGCUUAGCCACAAUAGCCAGGCUCCGUGGUCAGGUUUAUCCACCGACCUCGCCACCUCAUUGAGGUCGUCCUCCCUCCGCCGAAAUAACACUUGCAUGGGCGAUGGAGGGCGACAUUGUGAAAAUGGAGCCGGCCGACAGCGAGCAGGACGAGGAGGAGAAUGUGUACGAAGUGGAGCGGAUCAUUGAUAUGCGAGUGGAGGAGGGCGAGGUGCUAUACCGGGUACGCUGGAAAGGUUACUGUUCUGACGAUGACACAUGGGAGCCAGAAGGCCAUUUGGAGGACUGUCGAGAGGUCCUUCUGGCGUUCAAGAAGGCUGCCACUGAAGUAAAGAAGGAACCCGAGGACAGAAAGCCCCUACUUAUGCUUCCUACCAAGAGUGACGUGUUUGACGCUGACUCGGAGAGUGACAGUGAAAAGGACCGUCCCACUGACGACAUGCCCGUUGUUAAGAAAAAGAAGAAGAAGAAGAAAGCUCGGGAGCUCCAGCUGGAAGACGAGGAGGAGGAGUUACCUCGGAAGAAGAAAAAGAAGAAGAAGGACAAGUGGCGGGAUGAGGUCAAGCCUUUGCCAGCUCCGGAGACGGACGAGGAUGAAGAUAAGACCACGGACACGAAGAAACGUAUGAUUGACUCUGACGACGAAGAUGACGCGCCGCCCAAGAAGCCAAAGGACAAGAGCAAAGAUGGCAAGCACAGGAAGGACAGAAGCUUUGAGGAGUCCAAGAAGAAGAAAGCCAGGAAAGAGUACAACUUGAUGUCUUCAGAUGAGGACCUCAGUGAAGGCCUGUCAGACUCAUCGGCAAAGAAGGAGAAGCAUCGCUCUGACGAGCACCGUUCCAAGCCCAAGAAGAAGCCCGAUGUCAAACUGAAGGGCAUCAAAGACCUCAUCCAAGACAAGAAGAGCAAGAUGAAGGAGAGCAGUCUCCUGAAGCUGAAGACACUGACCGCCUCGAGAGUCCGCGACGACGCCGGGCCACCUUCUUCCGACUCCAGCGACAGUUCAGGUCUGCACCGCAAGUCCAAGAGUAAAAGCCAAGAGGCCACACCGCCCACCAAGGCGCCCUCAUCUGCCUCCUCUGCUGGGUCCCUGGCCCCUGCCCCUGCCCCUGCCACCAAGCCCCGGGAGGAUGAGGCAGGCAGGGAGGACCCCAAGGGCUCCACCAACCUCUUUGAGGAGUUCUUGCGCGACUGCGACGCCAAGGAUCGAGCCCCCCGCAGGCCGCCGUCGGAUAAGAGCGCCAGCAAGCCCUCCAAGGUCCUUGGAAAGGUUGACAAGGUUGCCAAGCCUCUCAAAGAGUCUUCCACACAGAAAGAAGCAGAAAAGAUAGAAAGGCCUAAGCAGUCUGAAGCCACCUCCAGACCAGGCCAGGGUUACGGCUUCAGCCUGGACACCAAUGAACUGGAAGGAGAGAACGCGGCCAAAUCGAGGACCGGGAAGGAUUCCCGUGAACGCCGGGAUAAACCCGAGGAGAGCCAGACCAGGCUCGGCUUGGACAGGAAAGGACAGACGGACGACAGGAAGAAGAGAAGGGAGGACAGUGAGCCGAGACAUUUCAUGGUGUCUGAUGACCAUAUGGACCAGCAUUCGGUGGAGGCCGCUGACAAAUCUGGUCCAGCCACAUUGAGUUUGGGAAUGGAUCUCAACCUGGACUGGAUGACGCUGGACGACUUCCAGAAACAUCUGAAUGGAGAUGAUGAGAUCCUGUCAGGCCCUCCAUUAUCAACCAGUGAGUUAAGGGAUGCAGUGAAAAGUGGAGACUAUGUAGCGGUAAAAGUAGCCCUCAAUUCCAAAGAGGAAUACAACUUGGACCAGGAGGACGUCAGCGGAAUGUCGCUAAGCAUGCUGGCGGCAGCAGGUGGUCAAGACGACAUCCUCCGCUUGCUAAUCAGGAAGGGCGUCCGGGUGAAUGGUCGCCAGAAGAACGGCACCACGGCCCUGAUGCACGCCGCCGAGAAGAACUUCGUGACGACAGUAGCAAUACUGUUGGACGCCGGCUCGUACGUCAAUGCCCAAACGCUGGGAGGUGAAACCGCGUUGAUGAAAGCUUGCAAGCGGGGCAAUGCUGACAUUGUGCGCCUCCUGCUGGAGAAUGGCGCUGACUGCAACAUCCUGUCCAAGCACAAGACCACCGCCUUGUACUUUGCCAAGUUGAGCAACAACCUGGGCGUGUGCGACCUCAUAAACAACCACACCAAUAUGCUGUCCAGUGUGGCCGAGGACACCGUCCGGGUGUACUUCGAGAGCCGGCUAAUUCUCCUGGAGCCCGUGUUCCCGUUAGCCUGUCACCGACUGUGCGAGUGGCCAGAAUUUUUCACAGAGUUCGCCUACAAGCCUCAGCCAGUGACAGAAGGCACGGGCAUCCUCCUCUUCAUCUUCCACGCUAACUUUCGCAACGAAAUCACUGCCCGCCUAGGCGGCCCAUGCGGCGUCCAGGCUGUGGUGCUCAACGACAAGUUCCAGCUGCCCAUCUUCCUGGACAGUCACUUCAUCUACUCCUUCAGUCCCGUGGCGGGAAACAACAAACUCUUCAUCCGGUUAGCAGAGGCACCCUCAGCCAAGGUGAAGCUUCUCAUAUGUGCCUACAGAGUCCAGCUGCAGUGACGGAUUACCUCCCCCAAGGUGGGGGUUUGUUUAUUUUUUUGUUUUGGUUUUUUAAAACAUUUUUAUCCCGCAGUGAUCAGUCUCACCAUUGAUCCUUACAGCCCCCCAAAAUACCACAAAUGCUCAUAAUUUGUAAUAGUAAAAAUGUUGUAGCAUAAUGUUUUUUUUAACAAACUGUAAAAAGUAAUAUGGUACCACUCCUAUUCUAACUCAAAAUGUUACUACACUUUUUUGUAAAGAAUGAAUGACAUAUUCCUUUGAAGUGUUUGUGUUGUUUCUGAUAAUUUUUUUGUACAUAUCCACGUCACGUGAAUAAACGAUCAAUUCUC